AUGGACAUUGAUAUUGCCAAACCAAUCUUGGACGGUAAAAUUGAGGACGAUCUUAUCGACUUCGAUACCGACAUGGUUGAUUCCAGUCAUGACCUGCAAAAGAACGAUGACAACUUGGAAAGCAUGGAAAGAGAAAUGCAAGAAGAUGAGGGCGCUGUGAAUCAUGAAGCCUACGAGACGAACAGUCUCACGGGCGAGGAUGUGGACUUCGACCUACAUGAUGUCGAGGAUACAGCAAACAGUCCCGAACAUGUGGAUUAUGGAGUGACCGAGGCUCCUGAGCUUGGGACUCAGGGAUCGAUACAAUCAACUCAGCCACCCGACGAAGACGUGCCAGAAAGCGAAGAGAAUGUGGAAAUUUUGGAUGAAAUAAUCGUUCGUGGCGAUGCCGUGUCUGACGACCAUGCAUCUGCGCACGAGAUUGAUUAUGAAUUUGAGGAUAAUUCGGAAGCAGAGGGCUCGCAUCAAGAUGAGAAAAUAGCUGCCGCAAGCCGUGUGACAAGCUCUGAUCUAAAUGGAGCAACCGGUGCUAUUGAAGAGCAAGAUGACAACGGACCUGAUAAUGACGCUACCGCAACCGGACAAGAGUUAUCCGAUCACGCGGGAGACGAGAAUAACAUGCCAAGCCAUAAUGAUCAAAAUGAACCUCGCGAUCCAAAGGAAGAAGAAGAAACAGAGCCCGAUUAUGAGGUUGCGACUGGUGAAGCUGAAGCCGAGGGUGCGAAGGCAGAUGAGUAUAGUGUUGAGAAUAUCCACGCAUCAGGUGGCAACGACGAAAUACACGAUGGAGAAGAUGCGAAUAGUCAUGAAGAAACCACUACCUUGGCAUCAGGGCAAAAUGAUGAAACAACCGAAGCUGUCAAGGAAGCCGAAGAUCACGAUUAUGACGUGGGUGAACAUGUCGCAGAUGCAUAUGACGAACACGCAACCACUGAUGCGGAUCAUGCGGAUCACUCAGCUACUGGAGAAGAUUCGAAUGGGAAGACAGAUGAGGGCUUUCCUGCUAUAACGGUACAGUAUAAAGGAGACGAAUUUCCUAUGUUCUCCACUACCACCCAUGGCUUCUUUGCCGAUACUUCGGUUCUUGAUGAACCACUUGAGAAGUUGAUUGCUGGUCUUCGGAGUGAGCUUGAAAAUGAGAUUGCCGAGGAUGAUGACUUGGUACUCCAGGUCGAUGAGCUUGGCCUCGAACUUGUUGAGGCAACCCAAGGCGAGACCAUGUCGAACGUUACACUCCGUCAAAUUCUUGAAAUAUUCGACCUUCUUGUCAAGAACCAGGACCCAGAUGGCUCGCGCCCGCUGUAUGCCUAUCUUUUUACCAAACCCAACGCAGAAAAGCGCUUCGAGUAUCUUGUCGAGAGUGCCACGGCAGGGAAGGGACUUGAUGAAGUUAUCCAUCUCUUCGAGACUCCCAUGACUGCUGGAACUAGCAUGCUGGAGACAGCUGCCACUAUCGAUGGCGUUCAUGAGGAACUGGACGAAUUUGACAGCCCAAUUGAUGAUGAACAUCACAGCGACAUAGAUGAAGCAGAAAAUGAGGAUGAAUAUCUGGAAGACGAACAUGCGAACCCCACUGUCAUUGGUUCUGAGGACCAAGAGUUUAAAGACCAGGAAGUCAAUGGCCAGCAAGCCAGUAAUAAGGAUGGCCAUGAUGAUGAUCGAGACAAUAUUAACGUCAUAACCGAAACUCAAACCGAGAUAUCAGUCAAUGCUUCUGCCGUUGAUCUGGAGGACCCGAAGGCCGCCGUUGACAGCCCCACGGCUGCCGAUGAAGAUAGCCUUGAGCAAAAUGCACGAGCUGACAGCGAGAUUGACCCAUUUGCCAAUUUCGAGUUAGACGAAGAAGCCGAGGAAGCCGAGUUCAAUGGAGAUGUUGCUCUUGAAGAGAAUACAGAGACCCAAGAUGAGGUCAAUGCUGAUGCCGAGCCAGAACCACUCCACGCACAAACUAAUGACACGAGCACUACAACCACUCUUCAAGAGGAGGAGGAAGCGUCCACUUUCAACGUUGACCUCGGAGUGGAAUCUGCAAUAGUAGAGAUAGUUGAGAAAAGGAAAACCGACGAUGACGACCUGGACGAAAUCGACUGGAGAGAUGAACAUGAACCAGAAGACCAAGCACCAAACACUCCUUCGGCUGCUGGUAAACGAGCCCGCGGUGAUGACGAUGAUGUAAAUGCAGAGGAUGAGCAAGAUGCCAAGCGCCGUUGUCCCUGA